GGCCGGAAUUGAUAUUGAACACUUGGUGAAACCAACCAUCGGUGGUCUUGUUUAUUCAUUCACUCUACCGAAACAUCACUACCAGCCAAUAGCCAACACUUAGAACCAAAUAACACUACUCCUCAUCUCUGCCGAAACAUCUCCUCGCCACCUCCUAAUUGAUCUUGGCUCGGCAAUGAGCAAAUAGAAGACUACAUUUAGCAGCAACUCUCUACAAAAAAAGAGGCUUAAGGCCAAUCAGACACUAACUAAUCUAGAAAAAGCUACCCCUGUGACAUCAGCAUACAGACACUUCCUAAGAGCCUCUGGUGGUUCAUCUAGAAUCUUCAAUCCUUAAGCUCAUCUUCGCCAGCUCAUCUGCAGUCAUAUUUCCCCCUCUCCAUGAAUGUGCCAGCUUAAUAUCCCAGUUCCUUGCCAUCCCUGCCUUGAUUUUCCUGAUCAGCAUAAAGAGUUAAUCAAAGUUGAGAAACGGGAUAAUUGCAAAUAGUGUGAGGUUCAGCAAUGGUGAAGCCCAAAAUCGCACCAUCGAUGCUAUCAUCAGACUUUGCCAAUUUGGCAUCUGAGGCAGAGCGCAUGCUCCACUGUGGUGCUGAUUGGCUUCAUAUGGACAUCAUGGACGGACAUUUUGUCCCAAAUCUUACAAUUGGUGCUCCGGUCAUUGAAAGUCUGAGAAAGCACACUAGUGCAUAUUUGGAUUGCCACCUUAUGGUUUCAAAUCCUCUUGAUUAUAUUGAACCUUUUGGGAAGGCCGGUGCCUCGGGAUUUACCUUUCAUGUCGAGGCAUCAAAAGAUAAUUGGCAAGAACUUAUCCAAAAAAUAAAGUCAAAAGGCAUGAGACCUGGUGUUGCCUUGAAGCCUAAAACACCAAUUGAAGAAGUUUAUCCACUGGUUGAAAAUGAAACUCCUGCGGAAAUGGUUCUUGUAAUGACUGUUGAACCUGGAUUUGGUGGGCAAAAAUUUAUGCCAGAAACAAUGGAUAAGGUUCGCGCACUUCGGCAGAAGUAUCCAUCUCUUGAUAUAGAGGUUGAUGGUGGGUUGGGACCUUCAACCAUUGAUAUAGCAGCUUCAGCAGGAGCAAAUUGUAUUGUUGCUGGAAGUUCGGUAUUUGGAGCGUCCGAGCCAGCACAGGUUAUAUCCCUAAUGCGAAAUAGCGUCGAGGAAGCUCAAAAGAUCAAUUGAGAUUGAGACACCGAAAAAUUCAUACAGUGAUUGAGCAAUCAUAAAUAAACAUAUCUGCAUGCUGUAGCAAUUUCAUAAUAAAAACUACGUGUUUGACCACUCUUCUUGUAUACUGUGUUCAGAUUGAACAUUGAUAUGUGUGGCUUUUUUUUUUUGGGUCUUUGGAAGCAAUAUGUGAGGCGUUGUUGUAUAAUGUCAAAUAUAAUAAUUGUACAUUGAUGAGUUUCUCUUAUUUUUCAUGCUAUGGCUAUUGUCAAAAGGGUUAAUUCCA